GGACAAAAACCGCGACAGGAGGAAGAGAUGAAAAAGGAAAAGCGGGCGUAAUCUGACCCCAAAAUAGGAAUUUCUAACGUCUCAGCUUUGCCGUUCAGAAAGUGACACGUGGGUCAGUUCUCAUUUCCUUUUGGGAGUAUCCAUGCUUCACCAUGUUGAGAGCUAAGAAUCAGCUUUUUUUGUUAUCACCCCACUAUCUAAAGCAGCUAAAAGAUCCAUCAUCCUCCACGUGGAAACGGCUCCUGCAUCAGCAGAAACCCCUUCACCCAGAAUGGGCUGUACUGGCCAAAAAGCAGCUGAAAGGCAAAAACCCAGAGGACCUCAUAUGGCGUACCCCAGAAGGGAUCUCUAUAAAGCCCUUAUAUUCCAGGGCAGACACAAUGGACUUACCUGAAGAACUUCCAGGAGUGAAGCCAUUCACACGAGGACCGUAUCCUACCAUGUAUACCUAUAGGCCAUGGACCAUCCGUCAGUAUGCAGGCUUUAGUACUGUGGAAGAAAGCAAUAAAUUCUAUAAGGACAAUAUUAAGGCUGGUCAGCAGGGGUUGUCUGUUGCCUUUGACCUGGCCACACAUCGUGGUUACGAUUCAGACAACCCUCGAGUUCGUGGAGAUGUUGGAAUGGCGGGAGUUGCUAUUGACACUGUAGAAGACACCAAAAUCCUAUUUGAUGGAAUUCCUUUAGAAAAAAUGUCCGUUUCCAUGACCAUGAAUGGAGCAGUUAUCCCAAUCCUUGCGAAUUUUAUAGUAACUGGGGAAGAACAAGGUUGUCCGAAAGAGAAGCUCACUGGUACAAUUCAGAAUGAUAUCCUAAAGGAGUUUAUGGUCAGAAAUACAUAUAUCUUUCCCCCAGAACCAUCCAUGAAAAUUAUUGCUGACAUUUUCGAAUACACAGCACAGCACAUGCCAAAAUUUAAUUCCAUUUCGAUUAGUGGGUACCAUAUGCAGGAAGCAGGAGCUGAUGCGAUUCUAGAACUGGCCUAUACCAUCGCGGAUGGCUUGGAGUACUGCAGAACCGGACUCCAAGCUGGUCUCACAAUUGAUGAAUUUGCACCAAGGUUGUCUUUCUUUUGGGGAAUUGGGAUGAACUUCUACAUGGAAAUAGCAAAGAUGCGAGCUGGGAGGAGACUCUGGGCUCACUUAAUAGAAAAAAUGUUCCAACCUAAAAACUCUAAAUCUCUUCUUCUACGAGCACAUUGUCAGACAUCAGGGUGGUCACUCACUGAGCAGGAUCCUUACAAUAACAUUGUCCGCACUGCAGUCGAAGCAAUGGCAGCUGUGUUUGGAGGAACACAGUCUUUGCAUACGAAUUCUUUUGAUGAAGCUCUGGGUUUGCCAACUGUGAAAAGUGCUCGAAUUGCCCGAAAUACACAAAUCAUCAUUCAAGAAGAAUCUGGGAUUCCCAAAGUGGCUGAUCCUUGGGGAGGAUCAUACAUGAUGGAAUCUCUCACAAAUGAUGUUUAUGAAGCUGCUCUGAAGCUGAUACAUGAGGUUGAAGAAAUGGGUGGAAUGGCCAAAGCUGUAGCUGAAGGAAUACCUAAACUUCGCAUUGAAGAAUGUGCUGCCCGAAGACAAGCUAGAAUAGAUUCUGGUUCUGAAGUAAUUGUUGGAGUAAAUAAGUAUCAGUUGGAAAAAGAAGACUCUGUGGAAGUCCUGGCCAUUGACAACACUUCAGUGCGCAAGAAGCAGAUUGAGAAAAUUAAGAAGAUCAAAUCCAGCCGGGAUCAAGCUUUGGCUGAGCGGGCCCUCGAGGCACUUACCCAGUGUGCUGCCAGUGGAGACGGCAAUAUUUUGGGUCUUGCAGUGGAUGCAGCUCGUGCAAGAUGCACAGUUGGAGAAAUCACAGAUGCUUUGAAAAAGAUAUUUGGUGAGCAUAAAGCUAAUGAUCGCAUGGUGAGUGGAGCAUAUCGGCAGGAGUUUGGAGAAAGUAAAGAGAUAACAUCUGCCAUCAAGAGAGUUGAUAAGUUCAAGGAACGUGAAGGUCGCCGACCUCGUCUUCUUGUGGCAAAAAUGGGGCAAGAUGGCCAUGACAGAGGAGCCAAGGUCAUUGCUACAGGAUUUGCUGAUCUUGGUUUUGAUGUGGAUAUAGGGCCUCUUUUUCAGACUCCCCGUGAAGUGGCACAGCAGGCUGUGGACGCAGAUGUGCAUGCUGUGGGUGUCAGCACACUUGCCGCUGGUCACAAAACCCUCGUUCCUGAGCUUAUCAAAGAACUGACUGCCCUGGGACGCCCAGAUAUCCUCGUCAUGUGUGGGGGCGUGAUUCCACCACAGGAUUAUGACUUUCUGUAUGAAGUUGGUGUUUCUAAUGUAUUUGGUCCUGGAACCCGGAUUCCCAAGGCUGCCGUUCAGGUGCUUGAUGACAUUGAGAAGUGUUUGGCAGAGAAGCAGCAAUCUGCGUAACACCUGGAUCUUUAGUUAUACUCGAAGAGAGUAGUAAAACUAUGUCUUCUGGUAAUUCAAACACCUGUUAAUGUGUUUGCUUUGGAAGCCUUUCAUUAAAAGGCAGUGAUUAUAAAUGUGCAGUCAUGCUAAUACACAUAUUUAGAGAGCCUGAGUUAAAAUAUGAAAAUCUCUGAAAAUCAUCUAACCAAGUAUUUCCAAAGUACAUUAUUUCAGAAAAUUAAAAUGGUGUACUGCUUAGAGAUAAUAAUACAAUUAUUUUUAAAUAACUUGUGUUUUGUGUUGCUUUGUUUUGAGACAGGGUCUCACUCUGUAGCUCUGGCUGUCUUGGAACUCACUCUGUAGACUAAGCUGGUCUCAAACUCACAGAGAUAUACCUGCCUCUGCCUCCCAAGUGCUGGUAUUAAAGGUAUGAGCCACCAUGUCUGGCAAAUAAUUAAACUUUACAUUUAAAUAAUUCACAGCUUGGGCUGGAGAGAUGGCUCAGAGUUUAAGAGCACUGGCUAUUCUUCCAAAGGUCCUGAGUUCAAUUCCCAGCAACCCACAUGGUGGCUCACAACCAUCUAUGACGAUAUCUGGUGCCCUCUGCUGCCCUGCCAGCACACAUGCAGGCAGAAUACUGUAUAAAUAAUAAAUAAAUUUAAAAAAAUCACAGCUGGGAUACAAAGUGAUUAAAAUGUAAUUAAUAAAAAUAAAAUGAAAAUUAAAAAUAUUCCUUGUGGAACUCCUGUCCCCUUUAGGUUUUUCUAUCUGACAUAAACUCAGUGGCUGACUCUUUGAUCACCAGGCCACAGAGGAAGACAAUGCAGCCAGUCCUGUUGAGACCUGAUAAGCUAAGGUCAGAUGGAAGGGAAGGAAGACCUCCCAUAUCAGUGGACUUGGAGAGGGGCAUGGGAGGAGAUGAGGGAGAGAGACUGGGAUUGGGAGGGAAUGAGGAAAGGGGCUACAGCUGGGAUACAAAGUGAAUAAACUGUAAUUAAUAUUAAAAAACAAAAUUAAAAUUAAAAAAAUUGAUUACUUCAAUUUAGUGUUGAUUUGAGUACUAGAAACUCAAGUUUCUGUGUUAAUGUAUUAAUAAAAUAAUGGAAUUUAUAUUAGAAGAAAUUGUGGAGGAAAUUUGUGGAUGGAAAUAGAUUGAGGUUAUGAUCCUCAGUCAGAUCUACCAUUGCUUGAAUAAAAGUAUUGCGUCAUCCCCUGCACAAUGUAAUAGGGUACACAAGCAGUUAUGCCUUCCACGAUUGCUUCAGUUCCUUCUUAGCAUGAGAAUAAUAUUAUUAAUGUCAGGCCUGGCUCAAAACUCCAGAAAAGAUGUUUGUGAACAUUUCCUUAAAGGAAGUGCUGAUGGUCAUGUGAAUUCUUCUAGCAUGGCGAUCUAAAUCUAUUAUAUAAAAUAAGUGAGUUUUCAUAUCUAGAAACAUGAUGAUUUCUAUAGAUUUUUUUAUUAAAGAUAAGUUACAAAAAUAAAAAUAGUCCAAAGAACCCUUAUAUAUUCAUUUAUUGAAGGAAGAGAAUCAUUGUUUGUUAACAUGGGGUAUUCAACAAAGGUGAACUGUGUAACAAAGGUUCUUUUGUAAACUUCUGUAUUACAGAUAGUGUGGAGGGCAUAAUCAUGUACUGCUGUAGAAUUAAUAAACUACACUAUGGGCUGGAGAGAUGGCUCAGAGGUUUAGAGCACUGGCCGCUCUUCCAGAAGUCCUAAGUUCAAUUCCCAACAAUCGCAUGGUGGCUCACAACCAUCUAUAAUGAGGUCAGUGCUGUUCUCCGUUAUACAGUCAUACAUGCAGGCAGAACACUGCAUACAUAAUAAAUAAAUCUAAAAAAAAUAAACUACACUAUAAUACAUUUUAGUUUUCAUAACAUGAAUUUCGGGAGAGCAUCAUGAUUAUUCUCAUUUGAAAGACUUCAAGGUCAGCAAUAUAUUCUUUGUGUCAUUUUGUGUACUUUUUAAUAAAAUACAUAUUCAAUAAAUAUGUUGUUCCUGUGA